AUGUCUAAACUAAUAGAUGAUUAUUUAUUUCGCUUCGAUCUUAUUCAUUAUAGCGAUACGAUUGAAUUUUUAGUUGGUGAUUUUAAUCUAAUUACCGAGGUUAAAUAUGGUUCAUUACGACGUAUUUAUUCAUCGUUUGUUAUGUUCGCUCUAAUUACCAUUGGUUUUACUAUUUAUCAAUCGUUCAAUACCGAAAUAUCGAAAGCAUUUCGAACGUUUAUUAUGUAUUCAUAUGAAUAUGAAACAAACAAUAAAAUUUUGGAUAAAUUUGUGGCCAAUGAAAUAGAAUUUUCACGAUCAACAGUCAUACUUUUUGAUUAUCUUCGGCAAAGAUUUGAUCCGAAAUUUGUUGAAUUUAAAUCAUCAUUCAAUAAAUUCUAUUGUUUGGCAAGAUUAGUUCAUUUUGAGGUCAAUUGUUUAGGACAUCUGAUUAAAUUGGACAAAUUCAUACAAACAAAACCAUUAUGGCAAGUUAUUGGACGUGUAUUUGGAUUUCAAAUUACCUGUAUUUCUAUUGAUUUCUUAUUAACAUUUAUAUAUUGUCCAAUUAUGAUUGGCUACUAUAUUGAACCAUAUUAUUCACGAUUAAUUUUUAUGGCAAUAAUCAUUGCCUUUGUAAUCAAUCAAUUUGUUUGGAGUUGUAUUGAAAAUGUUCGUUCUGAUCAAUAUCUAUUGCGUGCUUUAUUUUAUUAUUAUCUAUUACUUAAUUAUUCAAAUCUUUUAAUAUUGACAUAUUGGAUUUCGAAAUUGAAUACUAAACUUAAUUCAUUUGGUUAUUUUUUACAAAAAACAAUUUGGUAUACAAAUUCUAUAUCGGAUAGUUGUUUCAAAUUACAUUUAUUGUUUAUAUAUGAACGAAUGGUUAGCAAAAAUAAAUGGGGUAUGAAACUUGGCCCGUUUACCGUAUUGACACGAGUCGUUUUCGCAAAGAUGAUCAUUUUCUACAUUCGUUUUGUUAUGCUAACCAACAAAUUGUUUAAAUGA